AUGUCUACUUCUGUAAACACCGUUACAUCAAGUGGUGCUCAGAGUUCUACCUCUGUUUGCAGUUUUUCAUCCACGACCUUGUCUGGGGUCGAAUACCGCAGCUACCACUACCGCGAGUGCCACUCUGCCUACUAUACUCAGUCUACCACAUCCAUGGGCUCGGGUAUGACAACUACCCAAUUCACGACAACCACGGGCUCCAGCUCAAUCACCACAACCAGCACUAGUUCGGCAGGAACUACGACUACCACAACCACUCAGUACACGCAAUUACCUCCUCAUUAUUCUCCACUGGUGUCAACGGGGUACGCUUCUGCAAGGUCAGCUUUCCUCAAUAUCAGAACACUUUGCUUAGGCUCCAACGAUGUUGCAGCGAAUCAAGCAUCUUAUCCGAUCACUCUUGGUGCUUACAAUUAUCAGAAAGUGGCGUUGUCCAACAACCAAAACGUGGUAGAGGAGGUCGAAUGUUAUAUGGACACACGUACUGGUCCAACUCCCUCAGCCAGUUACCGCAAUAUCUAUUCUCUCGAAUGCUAUAUGGAUAUUUGCACUUAA